AGCAAGCAAGCAAAGCAAAGCAAAGGUUAUCUUUAUCUGGCCACCUAUCAACCGGCGUGAAGGAUUGAUUUGAUAAGAAUUGUUUUAAAAUGUGAAAUCAUCAGGAAAAAAACAUUUAGUUUUGUUUGUAAGUGGGCCCAUCAACUCAAUUCUAGUGCCUAGUGAAUAAAUAGGCCUAAUAACUUAUCCAGAAACAAUUUAAGAACCAAAGGGAUGGAUUUAUCAAGAUACAAUUUUCCUUUGGUCACCAGUGGCUUAGGGUUACUGAUGCUAGUUACCCUUGGUGCUUCCACAGCUCCUUACGUUUAUAAGACUAUGUACUUUGAAACACUGGUGGAUCAUUUCAAUUUCAACUCCAAUGCUACAUUCAAACUUCGAUACCUCAUCAAUGAUACAUAUUGGUCGAGGAAACCAAAUGCGCCCAUAUUUUUUUAUACUGGAAAUGAAGGAGACAUAACCACUUUUGCUGAAAAUACGGGGUUCAUGUGGGAAAUUGCUCCAGAUUUCAAGGCUCUCAUAGUGUUUGCUGAACACCGCUACUAUGGCGAGUCCAUGCCUUUUGGCAACAAGUCAAAGGAAUUGCAACACAUGGGCUACCUAUCGUCAUCCCAGGCUCUGAUGGACUACGUGGAACUAAUUGAUCACCUACAGGAUAAACAGGGUCACCAUAACCAUCCUGUGAUUGUGUUCGGUGGAUCCUACGGGGGAAUGCUGUCUGCCUGGAUGAGGAUUAAAUUUCCUGCUACGGUUGCGGGAGCUAUCGCGUCGUCUGCACCAAUCUGGCAGUUCCAGGGUAUGACACCUUGCGAGGCGUACAACAGAGUUCUGACCUCUGCUUACAAGGUCGAGUCCACCAAGUGCGCUGACAACAUCCGCAAAUCUUGGGAUGCAAUCAAUGAUGUCACAAAAACAGAUGAAGGUAAAGCUUGGCUCUCGUCCACGUGGAAGUUAUGCCAUCCAUUGAAGACAGCCGAGAAUGUGACCAAGUUGAAGUCUUAUUUGAAUGAUGUGUACAGCAAUCUGGCUAUGGUCAACUAUCCGUAUCCCUCCAGCUUCCUUAUGCCUCUUCCUGGCCAUCCGGUCAAGGUCUUCUGCAAGACCAUCAAGGAAGACAUGCAAGGCAAGAAGUUGUUGGAGACAAUGUUUAAAGGUUUGAAUGUGUAUUUCAACUACACAGGCAGUGCACACUGUCUGGAUUAUUCCUCUGCCUACGUCACAAUGGAUGACACUAUGUGGAACUACCAGGCCUGUUCAGAAAUGAUAAUGCCAAUGUGUUCGGAUGGCAAGAAUGAUAUGUUUGAACCAACCAAAUGGAAUCUGACGGAGUUAGCCAGCGAGUGCUACAAGAACUAUAAGGUUCAAAUCCAGACUAACCUGGUGAAAAACUUGUAUGGAGGAAAGAACAUCGGUACUGUGUCCAACAUUAUUUUCAGCAACGGACUUCUCGACCCCUGGUCUAGCGGUGGAGUUCUGCGUAACGUCUCUGAGACAGCCAUCGCUGUGAUCAUGACAGACUCUGCGCAUCACUUGGACCUCCGAGCGUCCAACCCACUAGAUCCAGCAGACGUCACCAACGCAAGGAACUACUACAGAUACACGAUCCACAAGUGGAUAGAAGACCACCGCCGCCUGCACUGUUACGCUUGAUUGUAGGUAAUAUUAUGUGUCAAUUGUCAAAUUUCUUAAACUAUUUAGGAAAGGACAGGAAAUGCGUAAAAUGUACACUUUUUAGACGUUUUUAUGUUUCUUGUGCCAUUAUGACCUCACCAGUUAAGGUUAACUUAAUUUCCCAAUUAGAAUCCUUGCAAUAUAGAGCUAUAUGUAUUACAGAAUCAAUUUUUGAAAUCAUAUCGAUAUGAUUUCAUUUCUAUAAAAUCAUUCAUUUCUGAAUCAGGUUCCAUUAAUUAAAUGGGUAGACAUCGAUUAUAGGCAUUGAUAAUAGGUUUGGGUUAUUUAAUUGUUACACAUGACUGAUUUGUGAUAUGGACUUUUUGUGGGUUGUCAGCUGCCAGGAUAUCUUUUCCUAGGUAAGUUAGGUAUCCACUCCUUCUUCCUUGAUGCACUUCUAAGCCAAGUACUUUUUCCUCUAAAAACUAACACGGACAAUUUAAUAAUAUUAGUUGUUUUUUAAAUUAUUCAUCAAUAGGGCUACUACAUUGUCUGUUUUACUUUGUCUCUUACAUUUUUCAUUAAACUUUGUAUUUUUAUUCGUAGAAAAAUGUAAAAAAAUAUCAAUUAAGAAAUAUCUGAAUGUGACGAAAACCAAAAAUAUUUCCCAUAAGUAAACAUUUGCUGGUUUUCUAGAAUUGAUCAUUGGUACGGGAUUUACUAUUUAGGUUACACAAAUAUAACCUAUAGCAAUCUAACAAAUAGGAUGAUUAUGAUAUUCCCCGACUCACUGUAUUUAUGUUUUAUUUGGAAAAAGAAUUUUCUCUACAGUAAAGAUUUUGUCCAUAGAGCUUCUGAAUUAACCUCUUGACAUAGUUGAUAAGGGUUUGAUUUGGGUUUAGAGUAUGAUAACAUAAUUUUAUCAGUUACUUCAUUCAAGUACUUUUCAAAAUACUCAACACGUGUAAUCAAUCAUAACAAAUCACAGAAUUGUUGAAAACUUGAAUAAUACUGAAAGUUUAAGUAACUUUCAAGCAAUAAAUGUUAUUACACACAAAAGACUAAACAAAUAACAAAGUGUACAUCAUUGACAUUUUUUCUAGGUUAAAAUAAUUGUUGGCAAAAAAAUAUUUAAUAUUUUAUUUUUUAUUUCUAGACUAAGUUAUUACAGAAAGCAUAUGAAUAUGAUUGCACGUUGUAUAAUGUAACAACUAACUACAACAACAUUUUUUUGGACAAUAAAGUAAAUUUUAUGUUUGUGUGAAAUACAAAUUAAUACAGGCAUUAAAACUACAGGAAGUUAUGACUUAAUAUCUACAAAGAAUGUAUGUAAAAACACUGGAUAUUAUAUAGGCUAGUGAAAUGUAAUAUGUGAUGGUUUUGACAGUUGUUGUAAGAAAAUAAUCAAGAAUUUCCUAUUAGCUAUAUUUUUCUAAUAAUAAAUGAUUGUUAUUUUACA